AUGCCGAAACGGCCAGUCUGGGUCCAACUCCCCAUAAUAUGCAACAACAUCAACCACAACCUCAGCGUCCUCUUCAAAGCAAUCCUACCCCGUCCUACCCCCAGCAACAGCAACAAUACCAGCAACCUCCAGCCUCCCAGCAACAACAACAACAACAACAACAACAACAACAACAACAACAACAACAACAGUACUAUUAUCCUCCGCCUCCUACAGCACCUCAAUCGCAGCAGCAGCAACAGAGUCAGCAGUAUUAUUACCCACCUCCACCAACUGGCCCUCAGCAACAGCCGAGCCCUGUUCCUCCUGCUUCGUCUCCAGCCGACAUUUGGCGAGCGUCUGCACCAAUGGAGCGUCAAGGCGGGCGUGCCCAUCAACAAACUCACCAACCAGCUAGGGUCUGAGGCGUUCUGGCCAUCAGGCAUGGACAAGGAGUGUGACAAGGCCGCGCGCAUCCUGCAGUCCUUCUCCAAGAGUGGCUUCUACACCACAGAGCAGAGCCAGCCAGCAGGCGGGCCCAAGUCCAAGUCCAAAGUGCUGGUGAAGAUCCCGCCCAAGGUGUUCCAGCAGGCGGCGGGCCUCGCCAUCUUCACCACCUUCCGCACGGGGCUGCACAUCUCCGGCGCGGGCGGCAGCGGCAUCGUCGUGUCCCGCCUGCCGGACGGGUCGUGGUCGCCGCCGUCCGGGUUUCUGGUGCAUACGCUGGGCGCCGGCUUCAUGAUUGGGCUGGACAUCUACGACUGCGUGUGCGUGCUGCGCACCCCGGAGGCCGUCCGGGCGUUCACGCACCCGCGGGUCUCGCUCGGCGGCGAGAUCGGCCUCGUCGCGGGCCCGGUCGGCGCCGGCGCCAGCAUCGAGGGCGCCUUGGCGUCCAGCACCAAGCCCGUGUGGGCCUACAUGAAGAGCCGCGGGCUGUAUGCCGGUGUGCAGGCCGAUGGCACGAUCGUGGUGGCGAGGAACGAUGCCAACGCCGCGUUCUAUGGACAGAAGGGCAUCAGCGUGGAGAAGAUCCUGAAGGGCGAGGUCCCGGGACGUGGACCCGAAGGCAUGUGGCCUGGAGGUGCGAGGCACUUGAUCGAAGCCCUGAAGUCUGCAGAGGGAAGGAGGGAUGUGAACGAGGCUAUCCUCAAGGAGGUGGACGCUGGUCCGACACCAGGGGAUCUGGGUGUAGGGGAGCGGGACCGUGAAGUGCAGCUGGGUGGCGCUCAAGCAUGA